GGACUCCGGCCCAUGGCUUCUCAGCACGGCGUGUCGCGCGUCGUGGGUGGCACAGAUGCCCAGCCAGGGGCCUGGCCCUGGAUCGUCAGCAUCCAGGAUCCCUGGAAAACAGGCACGGGGCAUACAUGCGGAGGGUCCCUCAUCAGCCCACAGUGGGUCCUCACAGCAGCCCACUGCUUCAUUGAGGCCAGGCACAUCACCAUGUGGCGCGUGGUGGUCGGGGCCACCCGGUUGACUCAGCUGGGCCCUGAGGCCCAAGUGCGCCAUAUCAAGCGGCUACUGGUUCACGAGCACUACAGUAACAUCACGCAGAGGAACGACAUCGCCCUGCUGGAACUGGACCAGCCUGUGCAGUGCAGCUACUCCAUCCAGCUUGCCUGUGUGCCUGACGCCUCGCUGAGAGUGUCAGAGCUGACAACCUGCUACGCCAGCGGCUGGGGUUCCACGACUGCAAGAUGUGAGUUCCCAAAAAGAUCAACUGAUGUCCUGCAGGAGGCCAAGGUCCGCCUCAUUGAUGUCAACCUCUGUAACAGCAGCGGGUGGUACAGAGGGGCCAUCCACACCCACAACCUGUGUGCUGGCUACGCGCAGGGUGGCAUCGACACCUGCCAGGGCGACAGCGGUGGUCCUCUCGUCUGCAAAGAUAACAAUGCAGACUACUUCUGGCUCGUUGGAGUCACCAGCUGGGGGAAAGGCUGCGCGAGAGCAAGACGGCCCGGAGUCUACACCUCCACGCAGCACUUUUACGACUGGAUCCUGGCACAGAUGGGACUGCGCCCAGCAGUAUCGGCUACUCCAACGCCACAGCCAGGCUUCACCUCAAGCCCCUUUCAGAGGCCGAGACCGAUACCAACUCAAUUGGGCACGUUUACACCCUGCCCAUUUCCACUCCAGAGGCUGGUGCAAUUCUUUACUCGGGUGCAGGAGCUCCUGCAGUUCCUAAGGGGGACAAAGGCCUGAGCAGCAGGAUGGACAGGAUCCAGUGCAGCCGGCAGCGUACCACUGGUAACCUUGCAACAACAGUUACGGUAUAUUGGCUGUAAUUGCAGUAGUACCUCUUUCCAUGCAUGUACAUCCCUGGAAAUGUGUUCAGUUCACCACAAAGCUGAAAAAGAGCUCAAAUACAGCUGAUGACUGUAUUUUUGCACACGUGUAACAAACAGACUGUGGGAAAAACCUGUAACUGUGGCUCUGUGGUUUCUAAAGACUUUGUUGGAAGAUCUUGGCUUCAGCGUGUUCACCACUUUCCUGAGCUUUCUAGAAGGAAAUCUGGCCUGUGUUGAGUUAGAACGUUUUAGUAUAAGAUGGGCAGAUGACUGGAGCCAUGUGAAUUUGGCACUUCUUUGGGCAGUCAAGCUUUUCAGUUGGGUGCCAAAUGUUCUCCGCUUCAAAUAAAGCGGACAUUGCUGCAAGCUGGCAUUGGGCUGCUUUUGGCUGCAGGAUAAUCUUUUGCCAAUUGUGUGUCAGAAGUUUCUCUCAAAAAUUGUACAUAUUGAAAAUCGAAACCUUCACGAUGGGCAGCUGUUCUGCAUUCAGAGAGUAUCAGCUUCUGCUGGCCGGUGGCUUACUGUUUGCCAAAGCUGUUUCAUACAGAAAGAAUCCAGUUGGUGUUUUUUACAGGGUCUGAUGAUUUCUGUGACCGUAACCUUCCCCAAGCACAAACACUCGGUAUGCUGUGGGGGUAUCCUGUGAAUGGCUCUUGAAGCAGGUCUCAGGAGCUACUAGCCUUUUCUUUGAAGCCCUUACACAGCUCUCUUCUGCCUUCUCUUCCUGACCUUAAACAACAAGUCCAUUCACCCUGUGAUUAAUCCUUCUUCAGAGACCAUGUUUUCCAAAAGCCUCAUCCUUCUUAGUCGUAUUCUCCAGGUGCCUCUGAUAGGCAUGUAUCUCUUUGGAACGGUGAUCCUCAGAAACGGACACUGUGUCAGCAGAGACCCCAGCCCAGGCAUGACUCUGGGAGCAGUAUUCCAUCAGCCCUCAGUGAUUUGAUGGAGACUAACCUCCGUUAGCCUGCUUAUGGGAACACCAGGUGCGAGGGUGUGGAGGCUUUCUGGAGUCCACAUCCAGGUACCUGCCCUUGACAAGCUGUUCCGCUGUCAGAGAAGGAAACUGAUUUGUUGCUCUUUUUGCACAGCCCCCUCUUUGUUGUCAUUUUUUGUUGUGGUUGCCUGAAUACACCCAAACUAUUGGAUCAUUUCUUUUUUCAAGUAUUUUUUUGGG